AUGGUCCGCCCAAUGCUCUUGCUCGGCCUCGGCCUCCUGGCUGGUCUGCUGCCGGCGCUGGCCGCCUGCCCCCAGAACUGCCACUGCCACGGCGACCUGCAGCACGUCAUCUGCGACAAGGUGGGGCUGCAGAAGAUCCCCAAGGUGUCAGAGAAGACCAAGCUGCUCAACCUACAGCGCAACAACUUCCCGGUGCUGGCUGCCAAUUCGUUUCGAGCCAUGCCGAACCUCGUGUCGUUGCACCUGCAGCACUGCCAGAUCCGCGAGGUGGCCGCCGGUGCCUUCCGCGGCCUCAAGCAGCUUAUCUACCUGUACCUGUCCCACGACAUCCGCGUGCUGCGCGCAGGCGCCUUCGACGACCUGACCGAGCUGACCUACCUCUACCUGGACCACAACAAGGUCACUGAGCUGCCCCGGGGGUUGCUGUCCCCGCUGGUCAACCUCUUCAUCUUGCAGCUCAACAACAAGAAGAUCCGUGAGCUGCGCGCAGGCGCCUUCCAGGCAGCCAAGGACCUGCGCUGGCUGUACCUGUCGGAAAACGCGCUGAGCUCCCUGCAGCCCGGGGCCCUGGACGACGUGGAGAACCUCGCCAAAUUCCACGUGGACAGGAACCAGCUGUCCAGCUACCCCUCGGCUGCCCUGAGCAAGCUACGGGUGGUGGAGGAGCUGAAGCUGUCCCACAACCUGAAAAGCAUCCCGGACAAUGCCUUCCAGUCCUUUGGCAGAUACCUGGAGACCCUCUGGCUGGACAACACCAACCUGGAGAAGUUCUCAGAUGGUGCCUUCCUGGGUGUAACCACGCUGAAACACGUCCAUUUGGAGAACAACCGCCUGAACCAGCUGCCCUCCAACUUCCCCUUCGACAGCCUGGAGACCCUUACCAACAACCCCUGGAAGUGUACCUGCCAGCUCCAGGGCCUUCGGCGGUGGCUGGAAGCCAAGGCCUCCCGCCCAGAUGCCACCUGUGCCUCACCUGCCAAGUUCAAGGGCCAGCACAUCCGUGACACAGACGCUUUCCACAGCUGCAAGUUCCCCACCAAGAGGUCCAAGAAAGCUGGCCGCCAUUAAACAGGUUCUGACCCAGCCAGUCCUGGUGACUGGCCUCUGCCUUCCACCGGAGAGACCACUGACCUUCCC